AUUUAUUAUUAUUAUUAUUAUUAUUUGUUAUUUUUCUUUCGGGCUUCCGCAGCGCUGGUCAAUCGACUGAAUAAAUGUUGUUACUGUGUCGUCACAGAAGCUUCCCGACCCAAGCUAGCCCAAUUCCGCUCUGGUGACAGGGCACAGCGUCAUUCGACUUUCACCUCCCAGUCCAUCUCAAGUAAAGUCUCCUUUCCGCUCAAAAUCACCAAUCCGAUCCAACCCAACCCAAAACCAAAACCAAAACCAAACCUGCAAAGUUGCAACAGUCAACCGAACAAUUCAUUCUUGUUCCUUAACACCAGGUCAACAACCACCUUCUACACACCUCCCCCCACUUCCGCAUCGCUACCAGCACCCGCGCCAUCGCCAUCAUCUAAACACAAACAUAAGCACUCGCCCGAGCAGAUACCAACCGCAUUUCCAAAUGGCCGACACUGCUCCUGCUGCCAACGGCAGCUCUGUCGACUCCCUGAAAGGCAAUGCCCAGGCUGCCUACACUCAGCUCGCUAACGGCCCCGUCGCUCAGAAUGUCAAGGACCAGUCUGCAAAGACCACUGACGAGUUCUCAACACUCGCUGCCUCGAGACAAACCCCUUCCAACCCCGCCGCAACCGGCCAGCCUUUGACACACUACCACAGCUUCUUCUCCGAGUUGCUGUCAUGGAACAACCCCCGUGCCUCGGGCAUCGCUUACGCCUCGGUCGUCUCGUUCAUCUUCGCGGUUAGAUACCUCGAUGUCCUGCGAUACAGCUUCAAGCUCACCUGGAUGGCCCUCGGUGUUACUGUCCUCGCCGAGAUCGCCGGCAAGACCAUCCUGAGCAAUGGUCUGGCCACCCAGCUGCGACCUCGCAAGUACUACACCAUUCCCCGCGACACCCUCGACGCCCUGGUUGGUGAUGUCAACGAGCUCAUCAACUUCUUUGUUAUCGAGGCCCAGCGCAUCUUCUUUGCCGAGAACGUCUGGGCAUCUGCCGCCGUCGCUGUUGCCGCUUUCUUGUCCUACCACCUUGUCAAGAUCGUCCCAUACUGGGGUCUGUCUUUGAUUGCCGCCACUGUUGUCUUCUUUGCGCCCCUCAUCUACACCUCCAACCAGGAACUCAUUGACCACCACCUGAGACAAGCUUCCAACAUUGUCAGCAACCAGACCGAGCAGCUGCGCACUGUCGCUAGCAAGCACACGUCCCAGGCCACUGAGGUCACCAAGCAGUACAUGGGUGACUACACUCAGAAGGCUCAGGAGUUGCUCCGUGGCCGCAGCUCUUCUCCCGAGGCCGUCUCCAAGCAGCCCCAGACUCACUCCCAGAUUCCUACCACCCAGCCCCUCGAGAGCGACUUCCCUGCCGCUCCUCGCGAUUUCCCUGUUGCCCCUCAAGGCGACAUCGUCAAGCAGGAGCCCCUCGAAGAGGAGGAGCGCCACCUCGCGACCAGGGCUGAUGAGAACCCCGCUCUCAUUGGCUAAGCCGGGAGAAACUGAGACGAACACGAUCAACAAACAUUAAAUCAUCUCCUAACCUCCUCCGAUCCCUCCCUGUACACAAACCUUUCCUGGAUGACGCACUCCUCAUCCUUUUGAUCCUCUAGUUCAAGAGGAACGACAUCGUUUACGACUAAUGGCAUAAGAGAUAACGACUCUGGGUGCUUCUAAUGGAUGAAUUGGGAGUAAACAGCCGGGUUUCCUUUGGCGUUGCAGUUAAAAUGAAACAAACUGCCAUAUGUGGCAAUUGAAGCGGCAGUUGAUGCCUACUUAGGUGAAUCAAGAUUGCGAACUGGCUUGUGGUGUGUAAGAAGCAGUAACUAGUUCGAGAACAUUAUGAUAUUUCAUACAUUAAA